UUACUAUGACGACCAUUCAACUAGUUAUCUUAAUCAACAAAUAUGAUUGCCAAUUAUCUUUUUCAUUUUGUUAAAUCGUUAAUACUGAGUUACUCAGAGAAAACCACACAUACAAUUUUAAAGCAUUCAAAUAUAAAGCUAAAAGCAUUUACACAAUUAUUCGUUUUAAAUAAUGCUUAGAAACGAUUUAUAAUCAACUUUGAGGUACAUACUUACUCUUUCGUUAUAAGCCAUUGGUCUAGAAUAUUUUCAAUUGUGAUAGGUUCAGAGUAAGCAUAAGCCUCGUCGAACUAUAACGAAGAUGUGCGACAGCAACUCCUUGAAAUGCUGACAUUUACAUAGAUACAUAUAUAUAUAUAUAUGCUAAUCGUGUAUAAUUUGUAGAAAUGAUACUUACUAUGAAUUGAUUUUCUAGUUACAAGAAUUCGUAAGAAACCUUAACUAUCUCAAAAUAUGACUGUUGGUAAUCAAACUUCUGUAUUUGUCUCUGGUGCAACUGGGUACAUUGCCCAACAUAUCAUCGCCCAACUUCUCAGCAAAGGAUAUAAAGUUGUUGGAUCGGUUAGAUCUGAAGGAAAAGGUGACGGGUUGGCAGAAACUUUUAAAAACUCGAACUUUUCCUAUGAAGUAGUUCCUAUUUUAGAAAAGGAAGGUGCUUUUGAUGAAGCUUUAAAAAAGCAUCCAGAAGUAACUGUUUUCUUACAUACCGCUUCACCCUUUACCUAUACUGUUGAAGAUAAUGAAAGGGAUAUUUUGAUUCCAGCCAUACAAGGAACUAAGUCAGUUCUAGAGUCUAUAAAGAAAUAUGCUCCACAGAUUACUAGGCUUGUAUAUACCAGUUCAAGUGUUGCUACUGGUACUGUUGCUGAAAUUACUACACCCGGCUUCAGUGGUGGGGAACAUACCUGGAAUUCCACUAGCUAUGAGGAUGCUAAGAAAGAUAGUGUUCUGGCCUAUUUCGGUUCCAAGACUUUUGCUGAAAAGGCCGCUUGGGAUUUUGUUGAAAAUGAAAAGCCAAAUUUUACCCUUACUUCCAUUAAUCCUGUUUAUGUUUUUGGUCCUCAGAACACUCCACCUAAAACUAAGGAGUUAAAUUUAUCUGCUGCAAUGGUUGGUGACUUUUUGAAAUUGGGUCCGAAUGAUGAUGUGCCACAAAUGCAAACUGCCUAUAUUGAUGUUAGAGAUGUUGCUAAGGCACAUAUAAUAGCUUUUGAAAAAGACGAGGCACAGGGAAAAAGAUUCGUUCUUGCUGAUUGCUUUUUCGAUGGUCAAUUAAUUUUAGAUUUUAUUAACAAUAACUUUCCAGAACUCAAAGGUAAGCUACCAGUAGGAAAACCUGGUGAAUAUACAGCUUAUGGGCCAACAACUUUAAAUGAUUCAAAUGCAAGAUCUAUUUUAAAUAUUGAAUAUAUUAGUCUUGAAAAGUCUGUUGUUGAUACAAUCAAGCAGAUCGUUCAUCUCAAGGAAUGAGGAACGAGUCCAUUUGCAAGGAUUUUUUAAUCUUUUAGAAUAAUUUCCAAUUAAUAAAACUUUCGCUAUCCAGAAAUUUUUUCGCAGCAAGUGAGUGCAUUCCCACUUACUAAAUUUGUAUUUGUUUUGUUUACUAUUUAUACUUGC